AUGGACGACGAUGAAUUCAUUCCUCAUCACGAUUACUAUGCGAGGCCUCAGCAACAACGACAUCGACGACCAUUGGGGGUAGCGAGAGACUAUGGUCGCGCCAAAGGGACCGAUGCUUCCUCCUAUUUGAAUCGUCAAUAUUUCGGUAUUCUAAUGGCCCUUUUCGUUAUUUAUAUUUUUCAUCGAGUGGGUUUUGGAAGAGGGAUAUCGGAACGAGGUAUCAUGGAUUGUUUAUUGGAAGUUCAGGACUAUGCGUUGGCCUACGGACAAAUGGCUCUGGAGUUCUGUCGAAAGCUUCGAUGUUACCUCCUGGCUGGCGGCGAAGAUUGGUUCCUGCACGACAUGCCCAUAUCUCCCAAUGCCUCGGCAGCGCUUCACCCCAAUGGCCUCAGAGGCCGCAGGCGUAACAUGGCCGCUCCCGUUGCCAGUAGGAUCGCGUCCAGCCGAAUGCCCGAAUUGGAAGAAACAGACAUCAAUCCGCUUCAGCAACUUGAUCCCCUGCCGGCGGCAGCCAUCAACAACAAUAACAAGGAAAACACGGAUCCACUGGAACCAGCCUUUCUCAACGACGAAGAUUAUCCCCCAGGAUGGUUGGUAUUUGAUCCUGUACUGGGGGUCGUCAGCAAGGCAGAAGCCGACAACUAUAAGAGAAAGCAACAAAACGCUCAGAAAUCGCCCAAACAAAAACCAAGGCAGCUCAGAGUUUCUCAACAGCAGCAACAACAACAACCAGUAGCAAAUUCACCCACCGCUCGUCGGAAUACCAAACAAAAUAUGCAGCAGCAACCUUCCCAGCAAUUCAAGUCCAACUCUACCAAGACUCCUACCCGUCCCCUACGAACCAACAAUGUCAUGCCAUCUGCCUCUGCUAUGCACACGCCACAAACCAUUGCGGCAAAUGGGUAG